AUGAAUAACCAGGCUUUUUGCGAGGCACCCGGACAUUGCAGCAAAUUUCAAACCAAAGAACCAACAGAUGAACAGUGGCGAGUCCACUUGUGGUAUUGGUGGCAAUUCUGGAUUUUUUUGACACCAUUGAACCCAGUCAAAUUCAUGAAGACAACAUACAUGAACAUCCUCCUCGGUCUCAUCGAGGCAUUGAACAAACCUCCACAUAGCUUAUCUGAGAUUGAGCUUAUCUGA